AUGUUUGAACCGAAGACCAGUCCAUCAGUGUUUGAAGUGAAGACCGGUCCAUCAGUGUUUGAACCGAAGACCAGUCCAUCAGUGUUUGAACUGAAGACCAGUCCAUCAGUUUUUGAAGUGAAGACCAGUCCAUCAGUGUUUGAAGUGAAGACCGGUUCAUCAGUGUUUGAAGUGAAGACUGGUCCAUCAGUGUUUGAAGUGAAGACCGGUCCAUUAGUGUUUGAACCGAAGACUAGUCCAUCAGUGUUUGAACCGAAGACUAGUCCAUCAGUGUUUGAACCGAAGACCAGUCCAUCAGUGUUUGAAGCGAAGACCAGUCCAUCAGUGUUUGAAGUGAAGACCGGUCCAUCAGUGUUUGAAGUGAAGCCCAGUCCAUUAGUGUUUGAAGCGAAGACCGGUUCAUCAGUGUUUGAACCGAAGACCGGUCCAUCAGUGUUUGAAAAGGUUUUAAAGGCUAGCUUUACACCCAGCACCUGUGGCUUCAGUCUUACACCCAGCACCUGUGGCUUCAGUCUUACACCCAGCACCUGUGGCUUCAGUCUUACACCCAGCACCCGUGGCUUCAGUCUUACACCCAGCACCUGUGGCUUCAGUCUUACACCCAGCACCUGUGACUUCAGUCUUACACCCAGCACCUGUGACUUCAGUCUUACACCCAGCACCUGUGGCUUCAGUCUUACACCCAGCCCCUGUGGCUUCAGUCUUACACCCAGCACCUGUGGCUUCAGUCUUACACCCAGCACCUGUGACUUCAGUCUUACACCCAGCACCUGUGGCUUCAGUCUUACACCCAGCACCUGUGGCUUCAGUCUUACACCCAGCACCUGUGGCUUCAGUCUUACACCCAGCACCUGUGACUUCAGUCUUACACCCAGCACCUGUGGCUUCAGUCUUACACCCAGCACCUGUGGUUUCAGUCUUACACGCAGCACCUGUGGCUUCAGUCUUACACGCAGCACCUGUGACUUCAGUCUUACACCCAGCACCUGUGGCUUCAGUCUUACACCCAGCACCUGUGGCUUCAGUCUUACACGCAGCACCUGUGGCUUCAGUCUUACACCCAGCCCCUGUGGCUUCAGCGCUCAGAUCCACAGCAGUAGAAUAGUUAAAUAG